CGGCCAUCGCAGAAAUGCUAGUCCAGAGCACUGUAAAAGACCUAUACUUACUUCCUUCUCUUCCUCGGGAUAAGUGGGCGAAUGGUUGCUUGAACGGACUGAAGGCACGGGGUGAGGUGACGGUCAAUACAUGCUGGAAAGAAGGGUAUCUUCAUGAAGUUGGCCUUUGGUUGAAGGAACAUAAUUCGUUUAGACGAUUACAUUACAGAGGGACUAUUGUGAACGCAAACUUAUCAUCUGGUAGGGCUUACACAUUCAAUAGAUAG